AUGUCUUCGGAAACAAUAUGGUCGAAUAAUGGUACGUCGCCGAUACAAUCUUCGACAGGUGCUAAUCAAUAUCGAAGUGUGUUAGAUCAAGUAGACCCCGAGGUGGCCAAGAUGUUGGCCAACUCCAACUCGAAUCCGAUGAUUUCUGGUGAUGGAGACAGCCAUAGCAGAAGAUUUUCGUUUAACGACGGUAGUGAUAUAGAUGGGAAUUUUUUUGGUUUCAAAAAGGGUUCCUUAUCUGCAAUUACGGCGCCAGUCGGAACGUAUGCUGGUAGUAAUAACGGGAACAACACAGGUCCUCAGCGUAUAAACUUUGGUACUGCCUCGAUAAGUGGUGGGAUUGCCAGUAGACAUCCGCCGCAAGACAGCUUUUUACAAAAGUUUUCGUCUGUUGCUGAUGCCACAAGAGAUAUUGAGUUAUCUAAUAACUUAGGAAAGAUAUCCCUCGACGCACCAAAUUCGAGGAGAACAAGCUUUAACAACACAGACGCAUCUAAUAAUAUGACACCGUUAGGAGAUGUUGGUAUCUUGAGUACGCCUCAUGGAUCUUUAAAUGAAAACUUGAAUAUGCCUGUUCCAAGAACAUCUAGACAUCAAUCGAUUAGUGAAAAAAUUGAUAGCUACAACAACAGUUCUCCUAUUCAAGCUGGUGCUGCUUUAUCAGUUAAUUCAGAUUUAAACAGUAAUUCGAACGACCAGGCUGCUACCAUGCGUCCCCCACAAGCUCCUCAUACGUUUUGGAAUCCUGCAACGGCUACAUCCUUCACUCCUAAUAACUCAUAUGGGUAUUUUAUGGAAAAUAAUGGUUUGCAGGGUGCACCCGUCCCUCCUCAAAAUUUCAAUCCUUACAGUCGUAAUGGUCCAAGUGUUCCACCACUUAGCCCUCCUCCUUUCAUGAUUCCAUCGCCGCCGGCACAGUUUAUGGAUCCUGGUCUAUACAGUAUGAUGAACUAUGGUGUCAGCGAUAACUUACCUGACAGUGAACAUCGAGAUGAGAAUGACAAUAGUGAUGAUACUAAGACCGGUGAUGCGAAUAACCGACAGGAAGCGAAACAAAAAGAUGUAACAAGAAAGGCACAUACUCCAGGUAUUGGUCUAAUGAACCGUCAAGCGCCAGCGGGGCCAGGCUUUAUGUUUCAACCUUUCAAUCCUUACUCGCUUUAUCAACAGUCUUCCCCUCCUGUGGGUAUGUCGCCAGUUAAUGCUCCACCAGUCGCCGAUGCAGUUAAUUCAAAUUCAGGAAAUCCAUCACUCGAUGAUGGGACUCCAAAGAACGUAUCUUCUACUCAACUGGGACGCGUGUCACAUGCAGCUCCCUCGAAUGGUAAGCGUAAGGGCAACUCAAGGAACACUUCCUCGUCUGGUAAAGGAAGUAAUCAUAUUUAUAGAUCACCUUUACUUGAGGAAAUUCGUUCUAAUUUCAAAGGCAAAGAGUACUUUUUGAAAGAUAUCUAUGGACAUGCAGUUGAAUUUACGAAAGAUCAACAUGGAUCUCGUUUUAUUCAACAAAAAUUACCAGAAUCGAGCGAUGAAGAGAAAGAAGUAAUUUUCAACGAAAUAAGAGAUAUCUCGUAUGAUUUAAUGACUGACGUUUUUGGUAAUUAUGUUAUACAAAAGUAUUUCGAACAUGGAUCUCCUAUUCAAAAGAAAAUCUUGUUAGACUGUAUGAUUGGUCAUAUUUAUGAAUUGUCUUUACAGACAUUUGGGUGUCGUGUUGUUCAAAGAGCGUUAGAGGCGAUUGAUUUAAGUGGUCAAAUUCAAAUUAUUGAAGAAUUAAAAGAUUACAUCUUGGUUUGUGCUAAGGACCAAAAUGGUAAUCACGUUAUUCAAAAAUCUAUUGAAACAAUUCCUUUUGAUCGUAUCAAGUUUGUCUUAGAAUCGUUGGAUAACCAAAUAUACCAUUUGUCAACCCAUCCUUAUGGUUGCAGAGUAAUCCAGCGUUUAUUAGAACAUUCGAAUGCUGAAGACAGAAAGAAGAUAUUAGGCGAGUUGAAUAGAUUCAUUUUCUAUUUGAUUCAAGACCAAUAUGGUAAUUACGUUAUGCAACAUACUUUAGAACGUGGUAAUCCAGAAGAUAGAGAAGAAAUUUUGAAAAUUGUCUUAGGAUCAGUAGUUAACUUUUCCAAGCACAAGUUUGCUUCAAAUGUUAUUGAAAAAUGUAUUAAAUUUGGUACUUUGGAUCAGAGAAGACGCAUACUACAUGAAGUCAUGAUUGGAAAUGAAGAUUACAAUGUUGAAACUGUCAGUGACGAUUCAGCUUUAGCAUUAAUGAUGAAGGACCAAUAUGCCAAUUAUGUUAUCCAGAAAUUGGUUGAAGGUUUCGAUGCUAAAAGCGACGAGAAGAAAAUCUUGGUAGUGAAAUUGAGACAAUAUUUAAAGCAAAUUUCUUCCAAAAAUAAUUAUGGCAAGCAUUUAGCUUCAGUUGAAAAAAUGAUUAUAGUUGCAGAAACAGCAUUGGUUGAGGCAGAAAAAAGUACAUAA